AUGAAGCCUGAAGAAGAAAACUUUGAUAAUAUUGGCGAAGACGCCUAUAUGCAUACAAUUAACCAAAUUAAUAUAUUGCCGAUUAAAUUUAAUACAAACAAUUAUAAUGAGCAAGGUAUAAAAAUCGGAAUUAAUAAAAAGGAUUAUGAUUUAUAUAUUAGUCAAUUAAAGAGAACUGAUCCGAAAGAAAUGUUUCAGCCACCUAUUAAUACAUAUACACAUGAUAUAGUUAGUGAUAAAAGAGAUAUUGGUAGAACCCCUACUAUUAACAAUAACAAUCCAAGUGGUAACAAUAAUAAUAAUAAGAAGAAGAAAACGAAGAAAAAGAAUGGGGAUGAUAGAAGAUACGAAUGUGACGAUAGAAGAGAUGAUGAUGAGGGAGUAAAUGCAAUAGAUAAUUCUUUGGUAAAAAUAAAUGUAGAUAAAAAAAUAAAUGAUUUUGGAUGUUAUAAUAAUAUGUGUGUAAAUAGUGUAGAAUAUAAUGAUAUUUAUAAUAAUACAACCAAUGAUUUAAAAAAUAAAAUAAAAUUAAAUGUUGAUUAUUUAAUAAAAUGCAAUGAUAGUAAUGAUACAACAAUUUCUACUUCUACAUCAUGUACAAAUACAAAGCUUUUAAGAAAAAAUAGUGACAUAAAUAAUUUAAAUUUUGAAAACAACAUUUAUAAUGAUGACAAUAAUAAUGAUGGUAAUAAUGAUGGUAAUAAUGAUGAUAAUAAUGAUGAUAAUAAUGAUGAUAAUAAUGAUGAUAAUAAUGAUGGUAAUAAUGAUGGUAAUAAUGAUGGUAAUAAUGAUGAUGGUAAUAAUGAUGAUAAUAAUGAUGGUAAUAAUAAUGAUGGUAAUAAUAAUGAUGAUAAAAUAAAAGAAAUUUGUAAUGAAAAUUAUAUAUGUAAUAAAGAAAAUUCAAUUUCUGAAAAAUUUAAUAAUACGAAUAUAGAUAAUGCAUCUAAAAGUGGUACUAUAAUUUGUUUUAAAGAUUCUAAAAUAAAUUAUAAUUUUGAAAAUACAAAGUGCAUUAGUUAUGAUCAUAAUUAUAAAAAUUGUAAUAAUGAUAAAGAAUACAAUAAUAAUAGUGUUAAUAAUUUUUCAAAUAAAUUAAAAAAAUCUAAAAAAAAUAAUAGCUCACUAAUAAAUAAUAAUGGCAUUAAUAAUUAUGAUAAAAAUGAAAAAAAUAAAAAUAUAAAAUUAAUACAUGAAAAUGCAGGAAAUAUAAAUAAUUUAAAUAAAUUUGAAUUUAACGAAAAUACAUUUGAUUUAUUAAAUAAUACAGAAUUAGCAAAUAAAUUAAAUAAAUUUUGUAAUAAAAUACAGAAAAAAAAAAUAGCUAGAAACCAUAAUUUUGAUGGCGAUCAAAGUGGCAAGAUAAUAAAUAUAAAAUAUGAUUUGAAUAAGGAAAAUAAAGAAGUAAAAAAAAAAACCGAAAUACAAUCAAUGCUUAUGCAUAUAAAAAAUAUUAAUAAGAUAUCUUUAAAUAAUUUAGAGCAACCUAAAGAUCAACAUUUAGAACAAACAGAUACAAAUUGUUUACAAAACAAUAAUAAUAAUAAUACUCUUUCAGAUAAUGAUGAAAAAAAAAAUAAAAAACGAAAAAGAAUCAACGAUAAUUUAUUAUUAAAUAAUAUUAAAAAACAAAUUAAUUCUAUAAAUUCUUAUAAAAAUUAUAUUUAUAAUAAUGAAACAGUAGAAGAAGAUACAACUCACCAACAAAUGAUAGUACAAAAUUUUUUUAAUCAAAAUGAGGUGGGGAUCCUAAAUUCAGAAAAUUUAAUUAAUAGCCAAAUUCGGUUAUCAGAUAAUGAACCCAUUCAUAAAAAGAGUAGUGCCGACGACAAUGCCGAUCUAUUAUAUGGCCUACCCAAAAUUCCUACUUCAAAAAAUAACGAAAAUAAAGAAAAUGGCACCAUUUUAGAAAGCAACAUCUCCGAAGGUUUUGAUAAAAAUGCAGUGGUUCAUAAUAUGAUUCCUCAAAUAGUUCAAUCUCCUAUAUAUCAAAAAAAUAGCAAAACCGAUAACUACGAAAUUUCAAAUUCAAAUGGGUCCGAGAAUAGAAAUUGCUUAUAUGAAAAAGAAUCUGAAUAUGACAAUAAGAUUGUUGAUACAUCUAAAACGAUUAUUAAUGAGAUUGAAAAUAAUAUUAGUAUAUCUAAAGAUAAUAUAAAAAUAAAUCAUGUAAAUAUAGAAGAACCUAUAAUAUCUAUUGAUAAUUAUAAAACAUCGUGUCCUCCACCUAUUAUACCUAAUGAACCAUAUUCAAAACGGCCUCAAAGAAAUGCAGCAAAAAAAUGUAUAAAUUUAUGGUCCGAAGAGUUAAGAAAAAAAUCUGAUAAAUUUUAUGGAUUACAUGAUAAAGGUAAAAAUGUGGGUAAUGAUUCAAAAAAAGAAGAUAAAAUAUUAAAAAAAAAAGAAAAAGAACGAGAAAAAAAAGAAGGAAUAUAUUUAAAUAAAAUAAUUUUAGAAAAUAAUGAAGAUGAGAUAGAUGAAGAAAAAGAUGAUAAACAAAAAAAAAAAAAUAAAAAAAAUAAAAAAUAUAACAAUAAUAAUAAUAAUGAAAAUAUACCAGAAAUUGAACAAAAUAAUGAAAAAAUACCUAUAUUAUUUAAUCGAAAUAUGGAUGAAAGAGAGAUGUUUAAAUAUUUAGAUAUCUUAAGACAUUUACCAAGUAAAAAAGGUGGUGCUCAAUAUAAAUUACAUAAAGCAAUAUUAACUGAAGAAAUGGUAAAAAGAGCUAAAAAAUUUCCAUUAGUACAAGGCGUUUAUUUUGAUAGAUAUCAACAAAGAUGGAGUGUUAAUUGGAAUGAAGAUGGUAAAAGAGUUGCAAAAUAUUUUCCUAUUAAAUUAUUCGGAUUUGAUUAUGCUCGUAGAUUAGCUAUCUAUUGUAAAAAUUAUCAAAAAAUUCCAGAAGAGGCUUUAAUUUUUGAGCAAGCAUAUCGAGCUAAGCAUCAAAAUAAUAAGUUAAAAUUCGAAAAUCGAGAAAAUUUAAAAAUUGAAGAAAUUGAAAAUAAUAAAGGAGAUAUUAUUAAAAAAAAUAAUAAAAAAAAUAUAAAAAAAAGAAAUAUUAUAGAUAAGCCAAAUUCAGAAGAUGAAACAUUGAGUAAUCAAAAUGGUACUAAAAAGAGACAUCUUAUAAAUCAAACUGAUAAAAAUGAUGCCAACUUUAUGCAAAAAAGUGAAAAAAUUUGGGAAAAAUUAACUAAUAGUAUUUCAGAUAAUAUUCAAAACACAUCAAAAAAAUUAAUGAGUAAUAAUAAUGAGUGCUAUUAUAGUAGUGAUGAUAAUAAUAAUGAGAGUAGAAAAUAUAAUUCAUUUUAUCAUCAAAAUAAUAACUCAUUUCAUCAUCAAAAUAAUAACUCAAUUCAUCAUCAAAAUAAUAACUCAUUUCAUCAUCAAAAUAAUAACUCAAUUCAUCAUAAAAAUAAUAACUCAAUUCAUCAUAAAAAUAAUAAUUCAUUUCAUCAUAAAAAUAAUAAUUCAUUUUCUGAUUCUAUAAGUGGUUCUAUUAGAAGCAAUACACAUUCUGAGGAUUUCGUUGCUGGAAAUAUUUUGAACAAUUUACAAACACGUGAUAAUAUAGAUAUUUUUAAAAUUAGCAAAAUUAAUAAUACAAAUGUGAAUACCAUUAUGAAUUAUGAUUUACAAAAUUCUAUAGAUGAUGAGGAUCAACUAUUAAAUUUAAUUAAGAGUAAAUAUUUAACUAAUAAUGCAAUAAAUGACAAAGAUAAAAAAUUGUUUACAAGUAGCGAACCAAAUAGUGAACCAAAUGUUGAUCAUGGCAAUGGCAAUAAUAAUAGUAACAAUAAUAAUAGCAAUAAUAAUGACAAAAUGGGUGAUUGGGAAAAUGAUGGAAACUAUCCAGUUAAUGUUAUAGAUAAUUUAGAUGAAAAAGGAAUAGAAAAAUUUUCAAAAAAAAAAAAAAAUAAUUUCUCUCAUAAAAUUCAGCAAAAUGAUGAUAUUCCUAAGGAUAAUUCCAAAAUAAAAAAUGAAUUAUACUAUUUAGAAAAUAAAAAUGUAAGUAUAAAUAAAAAUGUAAGUAUAAAUAAAAAUGUAAGUAUAAAUAAAAAUGUAAAUAUAAAUAAAAAUUUAUCAAGUAAAGAUAAUAUGAACAUUGUUCAAAAUAACACUAUUCAAGAUGCUUUUUUUCAAAAGGCAAACCAAUUAGGAUCUAAACAAAAUUUGAGUAUCAAAUUAAAUAAUAUUAAUAAUGAUAUAGAAUAUGAAAAAAAUGGCGAAAAAAUAAAUAAUAUCAAAAAAAAUUUAAAAAAAAAUAUAACAUGUACUUCUACAGGAACAUCUUUAAAAUCAUCUGCUUCUUGUAUAUCAUCUUCUUCUUCUUGUUAUAAAAAUUUAGAACAAUUAUCAUUAAAUCAUGGUUAUUCUGAUUUUAUAGAUAGUCAUAUUAUACACAAUACAAAUGAAUAUUUGCCAGAUGAAAAAGAUUUACAAGUUUCGAAUAAUUGGAUAGAAAAAUUUGAAAUGGGAAAUGUAUCAGGAAAUUAUAAAACUGUAGGAAUUAGAAAAGAAAACUUUUCACAUUCUACUGGAAUUAAUGGGAAUCGAUUUUUAAUAUCAGAAAAUAGCCAAAAUUCGAACCAAAUUCCGAACCAAAAUUCGAACCAAAAUUUGAACCAAAAUUUGAACCAAAAUUCGAACCAAAUUUCGAACCAAAAUUCGAACCAAAAUUCGAACCAAAUUUCGAACCCCAAUUUGAAUCCCAACUCAAACUCAGUUUCAAUAAAUGAUGACGAAAAAAAUAUGUUGGGGAGAAUAUAUAAUCAAGAUUAUGAUAAAGAUGUAGAUAAUAGUGAAACUGAUCAUAAUAAAAUAGAUGAUAUUAAAAAUAUAAAUAAAUAUAAAGAUAUAAUUAACAAUUUAGGGGGAUUUCAAAAUGUUGAUAAAGUAUUAAAUAUAAAUGAUAGUAGUAAUAAUAACAUUCACAAUUCAAAUGAAAAUAUUAAUGAAGAGAAUGGUGAUGAUAUAAAUUCAAGAAUUGUUGGUGUACAUUAUGAUAGAAAGCAAUAUAGAUGGAAAGCAACUUGGUAUACAUCAAAUGGAAGAAGAUGUGCAAAAUAUUAUCCUAUAAAACAGUAUGGAUAUCUAGAAGCCAAAAAAAUGGCUAUAGAAUGUAGAAAAGUAUAUAAUUUAUAUAAAAAAAUAAAAAAAAAUCCUGAAAGUAAUACAGAUGCUAAUGAUAUUGAUUUUGAAACUACAAUAUUUCCAAAAGAGUAUUAUAUAAGCUUAUUUGAAAAUGAUGAAAAAAAAGAUGGUUAUUAUAUGGAUAAUAAAAAAGGAAAAAAAAUAAAAACAAAAAAAGAUAAUAUUCAUAUCCCGGUUACUAGUAGCAAUUCUCCUCGAAACAAUAACAAUCAUAGCAAUAGCAAUAGUAACAUUCGUAACAAUAUUGAGCUUCCAUUUUACAAUUCUAAUAAUGAAUAUUAUCAUAAUUGUGGAAAUAAUUCAAAUAACGAUUGUAGUAAUGUUAUGAAUUCUACCAAUUCCGGAACCAACAAGUAUAGUAAUAAUCUUUUAAAUUUGAAUGAUGAUUCCAAAAAAAAAAAACAAUAUAAUGAUGCACUUAAUAAAAUCGAGAUUAUAAAAUCUAUGGAAUAUACUAAUUUAUCUGACAAUGUUGAUAAUGAUAAUAAUAAUAAUUCUCAUAAGUUUAAUACAAUAUUAACUGGUUUUAAUGAUUAUAAUAUAAAAAAAAAAAAAAACGAAAAUAAUUUGGACAAAAUGAUGUGCUUUCCAAUCGGAGCUAAAGCUAAUGGAAAUUAUUUCUUUAAAAAUAUUGCAGAAUUAAGCAAAUUUAAAAAACAAAAUAGUCAGAAUAAUAACAAUUUUGGAUAUAUAUGUGAUAGAGGGUCGGAUAGUAUAUGUCAUAGCACAUUUAAAAAUGAAAUAGACGAAGAGGAAAAGGAAGAAAAGGAAGAAAAAAAUAACGAAGAUGGAAAUACUAAUGAAAAUAAUUUGAAUAAUUCUAUAAAAUAUUUAUCACCUUCUCUAUUAUCUUUAUAUUAUUUAUCAGAAAAUAUUUUAAAUUUUCAAAAAGGAACAAUUAAAUAUAUUUUACAAGAUCUAAGAGAUAAUUGUUUAUCAAAUUUAGCAUAUGAUAUACAAAAUAUAACAUUUCAAGAAUAUUAUAUGGCUAUUCAUUAUUUAAAUAGAUAUGUAAAUGAUUCGACUUGUUAUGAUGAUAUAUUUUUUCUUUUAAAGGUUUUAGCACAAAAUUUAGAAAUAAAAAAAAUACCAAGUUUAUAUAAUGAAGAAAAACAAAAAGAGUUAUUAAAUUCAUUAACAGUUAUAACAAAAAAAUUGAAAAAUAAUUAUUCUUACUAUACACAUAAUACCUUUAAAAAUACAAAUGAGCUUGACAAAUUCUCAUCUUUAAUAUUUCAAUAA